AUGGCUCCAGUGACACUAAAGACAGUUGAUGACGACCUCAAAGAUGUAAUCCAACACCUCUUUGAAAUCCAAUCCGCCGUCCACGGCUACCUAGGUCCAGAAACACAACAAGAACUAGUGCGCAAAAUCAAAAACCUCACAAUCGGCCUCUCCACCCUCUCAACACAUACCCAAGAGACCGAUCCCUCCCAGACAGAGACCAACACAGACCCCUCCAACCCACCGCUCUCCGGCGUCCAACUCCCACCCGAAAUAAUCGACUACGUAGACUCAGCUCGCAACCCAGAUAUCUACACCCGUGAAUUCGUCGAGCUAGUUCAACGCGGAAACCAAGAUUUAAAGGGGAAACGGGAGGCUUUCGCCGGGUUCCGGGAUGUGUUGGCCCGUGAGAUGCGCAGUGCGAUGCCCGAGUGCCGCGGCGAAGUGGACCGUGUCGUGUCUGCCACGGGAGGAAGCGUCGAUCGAGAGGACGCAGCUGAAGCUACACAAGAACAGGGACACUAG